AUGGUGCAAAUUUAUAUGGAUUUUAAUAAUUCUUCUUCACAUGAAAUGGGUAAUGUUAUAGACAAUAGAAUGGUGAACCACUCUAUAGCUCCAAAUUUAAUUAUAAAACCAAAGAAAGACUUUGCGCAAAUAUCUCGAGAAGUAUAUGAACUAGCAAAUUCUGACAACCCAAUUUCGAAAUAUGUAACCCGCUCACUUGAAGUUAUUGAAAAAUCGAUAAAUCUAUAUGGGAUCGAUGGAUUAGGUAUUUCUUUCAACGGGGGAAAAGAUUGUGUAGUAUUGUUGUAUUUGUUCACUGCUGUAAUUUAUAAACAUUUUCGAAAAUCCGAGAAGAAGCCAAAGAUUCAAGCUGUUUAUAUAAGAACUCCUAAUUCAUUUGUUGAAGUUGAAGAAUUUGUAAAUGAAUGCAUUUUACGAUAUGAGUUAGACAUUAUAAUAAUAGAAGGUCCUAUGAAACAAGCAUUACAAAAAUAUCAUGAAUGUAGACCGAAUGUUAAAGCAAUAUUAAUCGGUACUCGCAGAAUUGAUCCACACGGAAAAAAUUUAUCAGAAUUUAUUCCCACUGAUCCUGAUUGGCCCCCUUUUAUGCGUAUACAUCCAAUUCUUGAUUGGAAUUACCCUCUUGUAUGGAAAUUUUUACUAACAUUGAAUGUACCGUAUUGUAUAUUAUAUGAUAAAGGGUAUACAUCUAUUGGAAGUAUAGAUAAUACAUGUCCUAAUCCUGAUCUUCGUAAUCCUGCACAAUCUUGUGGAUACGAUCCAGCAUGGAAAUUGGUCGAUGAGAAUCGGGAAAGAUGUGGGAGAUAG